GUCGUUUGUCAGAGCUGUACUAGGGUGAAUGUAAAUGAUGCUACUACAAACAGAAUUUAUAAAAAUCGACGACGCCCUGGACAUCUGCUGCUCCAUGGAGGAGGAUCUGUACGAGUGUCUGAGUACUGUGCAGGACAUGAACCGGAAGUACAAUGCACCCGGACGCUACAUCAUCUCCAUGGAGCCCUUCGCCGAGGACUUUCCACUGAGCAGCAGCAAAUCCACGGAUUUGGAUGCGACAUCCAUGCGAAGUUGUGACUCCGAGCUGGACAUGCUAGGCCAACUGUAUGGGGCCAGAAGUGCCCAGGAGCUGGAUGAGUCGUACGUUGAAGUGCGCUAUAAGUUCAUCAAGCUGAAGCGUGACAUCGAGGGCACCUUUAUCCAUUUUCUAAGGAUCGUUGACUGUGCGGAUCGCCAGGAAAAGAUUUCACAUCGCAUGGUGAAGGGCUCGCAGAAUGGCAAGAUAAAGCUGUGCAGCCACUAGGAAUGCAAAUUUCUAGCAACUAUUCCAUCAAACUCUGAGAGCGUGUGUAAACUGCAAAUUGUGCCGACACUUUGCAGCUUUUAUUAAAAAUUACUGUCACCAUUA